GUCACCUCAAACGUCACAUUCAUAACAAAUCUUAAGCAAUUCACAAGAUAAUAAAAUCAACCAUGACAAGUUGCACAUUGCAUGGUAUAUAUCCAACUGAGACUCCAUUAAUAAGCAACUGCAAGUACACACGACACAAUCCAAAUCAAGCAUCACCAUGUUCCGCCACCGCUUCCUCCUCAUACUGUACCCCGCACAAGGCCACAUACACCCCGCAUUCCAACUCGCUAAGAGACUCGUUAGUUUAGGCGCACACGUCACUGUUUCCACCACCGUCCACAUGCACCGUCGCAUCACCAACAAACCCACCCUCCCUCACCUCUCCUUUCUCCCCUUCUCCGACGGCUACGACGACGGUUUCACCUCCUCCGAUUUCUCCCUCCACGCCUCCGUGUUCAAGCGCCGCGGCUCCGAGUUCGUCACCAAUCUCAUACUCUCCAACGCUCAAGAGGGUCAUCCUUUCACUUGUUUGGUCUACACCACACUCUUGUCUUGGGUCGCUGAGGUGGCGCGUGAGUUUCACCUCCCAACAGCGAUGCUGUGGACUCAACCAGCUACGAUACUCGACAUCUUCUAUUACUACUUUCACGAACACGGUGAAUACAUCAAAGACAAAAUCAAAGACCCCUCGUGUUUCAUUGAAUUACCAGGAUUGCCAUUGUUGCUUGCACCACGGGACCUACCCUCCUUUUUAUUGGGUUCAAACCCUACUAUUGACUCUUUCAUUGUCCCAAUGUUUGAAAAGAUGUUUUAUGAUCUUGACGUGGAGACAAAGCCCAGAAUACUUGUCAACACCUUCGAAGCCUUGGAAGCGGAGGCUCUCAGAGCCGUUGAUAAGUUCAACAUGAUCCCAAUCGGGCCGUUGAUUCCCUCGGCUUUCUUGGAUGGGAAAGAUACUAAUGAUACUUCAUUUGGCGGUGACAUCUUCCGCCUCUCUAAUGGUUGCAGCGAAUGGUUGGACUCGAAGCCAGAGAUGUCGGUGGUUUAUGUCUCGUUUGGUAGCCUUUGCGUGUUGCCUAAGACGCAAAUGGAGGAACUUGCACGUGCGCUAUUAGAUUGUGGAAGUCCUUUCCUGUGGGUCAUUAAAGAAAAAGAAAAUAAGUCACAAGUGGAAGGAAAAGAGGAGCUGAGCUGCAUAGAGGAAUUGGAACAGAAGGGGAAGAUAGUAAACUGGUGUUCUCAAGUGGAGGUUCUUUCACAUGGUUCUGUGGGUUGUUUUGUUACACACUGUGGUUGGAAUUCAACCAUGGAAAGCUUGGCAUCUGGGGUUCCUAUGGUGGCAUUUCCUCAGUGGGUGGAACAGAAGACUAAUGCGAAGCUAAUAGAAGAUGUGUGGAAGACAGGGGUGAGAGUGGAUAAACAGGUGAAUGAGGAUGGCAUAGUAGAAAAUGAAGAAAUUAGGCGGUGUUUGGAAGAGGUGAUGGGGAGUGGAGAGAAAGGACAAGAAUUGAGAAACAAUGCAGAAAAGUGGAGGGGACUGGCCAGGGAAGCUGUCAAGGAAGGUGGCUCUUCGGAUAAGAAUCUAAGGGCUUUUUUAGAUGAUGUUGAAGUUUGACCAUAUGGCUGUCACAUCAGCUUUUCCGUUUCUGAAUUUUCCUGUCCGUUUCAUUUUUCUUUUCUAUUAUUGCAUUUGCAUGACUGAGAAUCAAGUGAAAUUUCUUCUAUAUUAGUUUGAAAUUUAAAAAUAUCUAAAUGAGCCAUGACUCCAUGAGUAGUAAUUUUGUGUUAUAA